UUCAAUGUUUUUUGUCCUUCGUUUUCAACAGUUCGACCUUUGAACGAUCGGUUUCUUUCUGCACAGAAUUGAAAGGGAAAAAAAAGAAAGAGAAAGAACCGCGGCUAUGCUCAUUGGUUCUACGUCUAUGCUCAUUGAUCCCACCAUCGGCAGAGAUCGAAACUAACCGAUCCUUGCGUUUAUACGGAAACCCCCCCUUCGCCUCCAUCUUCUGCCGAUUUCUUCGUUCGAUUUUGCGGAAUUUAACCAUCCAGUUUCUGGGUUUUCUAUUGUGUUGUUUUUUUUUUUUUGGUUCAGUUUUGUUCUGAUCGGAUUCUAUUUCGAUCGAACUUUGGCCAAACCCUAGGUGGGUUUUUAUUUCUCUGGCUGAUUAUAACAUUCUGUGUACGGGUCAAGAAGAGCUUUCGGUUUCGCGGUGGAUUUGCCUGAUUUAGGGGGUUGCUUAAUUGGAAUGGUGGAAAGGGGAUAGAGUUAGGAUUUGGUGGUGUAAGUAGAAGGAAUAGGUAUGGAGGAGUCUGAGCUUGAAGAAGGAGAGGCUUGUUCCUACAAUAACAACAAUGAUUAUGGCGGAUGCAUAGACCCCGAUACUGAUCUCUCUUACAUUGAUGAGAAGCUUCAUAAUGUCCUUGGACACUUCCAGAAGGACUUUGAAGGUGGAGUUUUGACUGAGAAUCUUGGGCCAAAGUUUGGUGGAUAUGGCUCUUUCUUACCGACAUAUCAGCGCUCUCCUGUCUGGUCUCAUCCAAAGACACCAACAAAGCUGCAGAACUGCACAACUCCUGGAUCUCCAAACAUUUUUCUGGCAGAGCAUGGUAUUGCACCUUCAUCUAUUGUUCCUCAGAAAGUGAGACCCGGGCAUGCUUCCUCAAUCCUGUCAUCACGUUCCGCCUCAAAGGCUUUAUCAUCGUCUGAUUCUGCAAACCCAAAAAAAUCUAUGAACUCCAAGAAAUCCAACCGUUCAGAAACUGCUAGUUCUUCUGCAAAAAAGAAACCUGUUGUCUUCAGUAAACAGAACUCUUUGAAGCUUCGGAUCAAAGUGGGGUCAGAUAACUUGGCUGGAGAAAAGAAUGCUGAGAUAUACAGUGGCCUUGGCCUUGAUGUGUCGCCUUCUUUAUCAUUGGAUCAUGGCCUUUCAGAAAGUGAAGGGAUGUAUUGUGACCCUCGGGAUUCUCCAUUUGAGUCUCCUACUAGUAUUCUUACAGUCAUGACUUCCCUUCCUGUGGAAGAUCAUCUGUUAUCGCCUCUUUCUGAUGAGCUAAUCCGAUUUAUUGAGAGGGAAAAGUUCCAAAAGGAUAACAAGUAUACAACCCCUUCCAGGUUUGCCAAUGAAAGUUCUAAUGUUACGAUGACUGGCUUGGAACCUAAAUGUAUUGAAGAGAAACCAUUGGCAGAGAAGAAAAUAAAGAGAGCAGAGAGGAAAAUCUUUGCUGUGGAGGCCAAUGGCCGCAGUAAGAAGAAUUUUUUUUAUGGACGCAAUUGUGCAAGAAAGGAGGACAUCGAAACAGACACGUCAUAUCCUACUGCUGUUGACACGACAAAACCAAGUGUUAAGUUAUUUGAUGUAUCAGAGGAUGACUCCAAUGCUGCCUGUCAGAGCAAAGUUGUGGGUGAUGGUGAGAGAGGAUUGUGGGCUCCAACUCAGCAUAAAGAUCUUGGAUUGGAUGAGAAUCGUAGGACUAGUUCAGCUGGAAGUGUUCGGGAAGACAAAAAGACUAGCUCUUUGGAUGAUGUUUCACACCAUUCAAGGAAAGAGGACAAGCACAAAGGGAGGAGAAUUUCAAGUUCAAGCAAGAAGGACUCAGGUGCUUCGAGAGCAAAAACUGGGCUUGAAGAUUCUUUGAGAAAUCACAAGGCUAGUCAAAGAGAUAACCGCAAUGAACAAGAUGUUGCGAAGUCUCUGAAAGAGCAGGAGCCUCAAUUGUCGUCGGGAGGAAAGAUGAAGUUGAAGGAAGAGACUGAGAAUAAUGAUCAAGUUGACUGUCACACUAUCAGAAAGCAAGUGGUAGCCUUGAAACCUAACAAGGACGUAAGAAAGGUCGAGGACGCUUACAAAGACUUUUUUGGAGACAUGGAGGAAUCUGAAGAAGAAGAAGAAGAAGACGAAGAGGAUAAUUGUUGUUCAUUGGAAGUGAUAGGUUCCCGGAAAUCAGACAAGGUAGUAGUAACUGCUGUUGAUGAUAUAUAUGAAAAAUCAAGCUUCCCACUGAUAGAAUCUCCUCCAAAGGAAGUUAAAAACGUUGCUCCUCCUAUUUUGAGCAAACCAGGAUGUGAUGCUUCUCUUGCAAAUUCUAAUCCUGUGUUCAUUCAAGAAAAUUGGGUUGCUUGUGACAAGUGUGGAAAGUGGAGGCUUCUUCCUUUUGGCAUAUUACCAAAUGACCUUCCUGAGAAAUGGAUGUGCGCCAUGCUUAAUUGGCUGCCUGGAAUGAACAAUUGCAAUGUCCCUGAAGAUGAAACAACGAAGGCUCUAUGGGCAAUGUAUCAAGCCCCAGCCCUGGAUAGUCAAGCUGCCAUGCAGAGUAACCCCUUAGGCAGAAGUUCCCGGUUUAACCAAGGAGACGACAUCACAAAGAAUAGGAAAAAGGGAUUGAAAGAGGUAACCAAUGGAAUUGGCAAGGAAGGUCCUCAAACAGCUGAAACUAGCAAGAAGACCACACAAGCAUCAGCAAGAAACGGUAGCAUUCAUCAUUCCAGUUUUGUAAAUCAAUCCAAUAUAGGCAGGCAUAGUCACUUGCCCAAAGAGAAACAAAAACAUAAACAGAAUGAGAAAGCAAAACUCGUGGAUCAGCACUCUGAUGGAGGAGGUGAUUCGAGGAGUUUGAAGAGAAAAAGCAAAAGGGAUGCUGAUAGAGAGAGUUCUAUGCUAACCAAGAAGUUGAAGACUGAAAUGUUUCUGUUUCCUGAUCAAGAUCAGGGUUCUGGACAUGGUGACAUGAGGCCUGGGCGCCCUAGCUCAAGUGGUGGUGUGCCUACCAUGUCUAUAGAUAAUGACCGACGGAGAUAUUUUGACCUUUCAAAGGGAACGGAGCCUGAUAAGAAGCACAAACCUCAAGCCUCAUCCAAGAGGCCAAAAGAGGAAGGAGCCUCCAGUGAUGUCACAGAAGCCAAGAGAAAGAGGAAACUAAGAGACAGCCAUGGUUUUCAAGUAUACAGUGAGUUAAGUGAAAAUGAGAAUCAGGAGCAAAAGAAGGCUCGGAUUUCGAAAUAUGAGGAAAAGGAAUCUAGUUUUUCCAAAGAAAAUGCAAGGUCUGAAAAGAAAAGCAAACGUCACUCAAAAAGAGAGUUUAGACAUGUUCAAAACUCAAUCGCAGCCACUUCAAGUUCUUCUAAGAUUUCCAUUUCCCAUAAAGCCAAAAACAGCAUCCAUGAAGGUAAAGGUUCACCCGUUGAGUCAGUAUCUUCUUCACCUAUGAGAAUUUCUGGCCCAGAGAACAGUGGAUCAGUCAGAAUGAAGAAAAAAGAACCGCAUGAUAGUAAUAUCCUCUCAGCAAUUAUUUUGAGAAGAUUCUCUGAUGGUGAAGAUGAUGGUGGGAGUGACAGAUUGCAAACACAAAUGAAAGACAAACAUGGGUCCCACGAGUCUUCUGUGCUUGAUUCUUGGGAUAAAGAGUCUAGUUUGAAAGCCAAAGAGUGCGAGGAACCUUCUCUUGAUGCCAAAAGAUAUGACAUUGAGGAUAGUGGUCAGAACGUUUUGCCACGAAAACUUGAUCAUUCACAUGAACAAGGAAGACAUACAAAUGAUCAUCAGCGUAGUAAUGGGUCCUUGUCGAGGAAGUCAGGAAAAGGUUCAUCUUCUCGGUCCAAAGACAAGAGUCAAAGCAUCAUGUCUGAUUUACAGGAUGGUCCAAGAUAUAUUGACAAGAAAACACAUGAAGGAAAAUUUCUUAAGGAGAAAAGUAAAACAGAAGGCCAAACAGAUGUUGGGGUGCGUGGUAGCCCCAAUGGUAAAGUGGAUGCAGUGAGACCAAACAUCCCAAGACAGUACGAUGUUGAAAGAAACUCUGCAAGGAAAUCAUCUGAAAUGGGCAAUAAAGCAGAUAUGUUCUCAGAAAAGGAAACUUUUCAGUCAUGGCCACCUUCUAGAGGUAUCCAAGAUGAGACUUCUGUUAGGCAUUCCUCCCUUCUAUCUGCGCCUAAGAAAGUUGAUAAAUGUGGCAAGUCAGCUGGCAAUAGCUCUCAAGCUGAUGAUGCCUCGAAGGCAACCGCUCAGAUAAGAAGGAAGAACAAUUCAGCAACUUCGUUGCAGAAUGAUCAUUCUCCGAGCCCCUUGCAUAAGGAAUUAACAUCUUCUCAGGCUGCUCACAAUGCUUUAAAAGAAGCUAAAGACCUGAAACAUACGGCUGAUCGUCUCAAGAACACUGUCUCAAACCUUGAGCACAUUGAGCUUUACUUCCAGGCUUGCCUCAAAUUCCUCCAUGGUGCUUUUCUCCUAGAAAUGAGCAGCAAUGAGAGUGCUAGACAAGGAGAGACGAUGGUCCAAUCUAUGAAGAUUUAUAGUAGCACAGCAAACCUUUGCGGAUUUUGUGCCCACGAGUAUGAGAAGUCCAAAGAUAUGGGAGCUGCUGCUCUUGCAUACAAAUGCAUGGAGGUAGCAUUUAUGAGAGUGAUUAAUUCCUCCUAUACCAGUGCCAAUAGAUAUCGAAAUGAAUUGCAAACAGCUUUACAGAUGGUUCCUCUAGGCGAGUCUCCUUCUUCUUCUGCCUCAGACAUUGAUAAUGUGAACCAUCCAGCAACAGCAGACAAAGUUGGCACUUCAAAAGGUAUUAAUUCACCGUUAGUUGCUGGAAACCACAUCGUCACUGCUCAAAACCGCUCUAACCUCCUACGGUUACUUCAAUAUGCUCAGGAUGUAAGCCUGGCUAUGGAUGCCUCGAGGAAGUCACGGGUUGCUUUGGCUGCUUCUAUUGGGAACUUGGGAGAGGCCCAACAAGGAGAGGGUAUUUUAUCCAUUAAAAGGGCUCUUGAUUACAACUUCCAAGACAUAGAGGGAUUGCUACGUUUAGUAAGGCUUGCAAUGGAGGCCAGCAACCGGUAAAAGACCGAAAAGGCAAAAAAAAAGAAAGUUCUGUUGGUGUAUCUGUGAAUCCCAACGUGGGAAAGAGAUAGAGCUUUGCAUCUAUUCCAUUCAAAAGCUGCAUCUUGAGCAUUUUUGUGGAUCUGUAACGUGCCAAUAAAUGCUUUGGUUUACUGAGCCAGUGGAACUUUGUUUCAAGUGGUUUAUGGUAAGACAGAGGAAGGAACUUUUGCAUUUGGAUUUCGGGAUGAUGCUUCUCUUACACUAUCAAGGAAGAUUGAGCAAGGUUUUGACGGGAAAAGGGAUAACUAACAGAACCCGGCUGACUUGUGGGUUUGUCUCGUACAAAACCAAGAUACAAGUAGUGUGUGUGUGUAUAGAUGGAGAGAACAUGGUUCAGGUAGAUGCUGACUGUUAGAAUUACAUUAACACGGCUUUUUCUUCUGGGGAAGUUUCCUGUUUGCUGUAGUAAAGAGAUUGCCCAGUGUAAUUGAUGAAUAUUGAGCUUUCCUUUUCACUACCCAAAAACUGAGACAAAGAGAGAGAGCUUCUGGUUUCAGAUCAUAACACUAUUCUGCUAGUAGCUUAAUGUAUCUAUCAAUCACAGGCUCUGGCUCAUUAGUUUCCCGAGUGAUAGCUUUUUGUAAAUAAAAGAAAAGUCACAUGUAAUAGAGUUUUGCCAGGAGCAUUCAACGGUAAAGGUCCCUGUCGCUGGAGCAGCUUUGGUGCAGUUUCCGGCGAUUAUUUUUAGACAGAACAAGAUUUGCUUGCUCCUCUGCUCUUGCUCCGGUCUCCCCUCCCCUCCUCUUAUCAUGUAGCAAAAAGAUAUUCUGUUUCGACUCAAGAGCAUUAACUUUAUUCUUUUCUUUUCUAUUGUAGAAUUGUAUUGUACAUUGUUAUCCAAAGAUAAUGGAAAUAUAUCUUACAUAA